AACGCCGUGCGGCCGGAGAUGAACGCGGAGAUCGUAAAUCACUACAACCACUCGGGAAAACUGAUCCGGCCGCUGAGCAGCGAGUGGAAGAGGGCUCUGCCGGUGCUGAUAUGCGUGCUGAUCGUGCUGGAGAACCUUACCGUCCUGCUGUCGGUCGUGCGCAACAAGCGCUUCCACAGCCGAAUGUACUACCUCAUCGGGAACCUGGCGGUCUCCGACAUGCUGGCGGGCGUGGCCUACAUAGUUAACAUCCUCACCUCCGGCGAGAAAACCUUCUCCCUCACGCCGUACCAGUGGCUCGCCCGCGAGGGCAGCAUGUUCGUGGCCCUCGGCGCCUCCACUUUCAGCCUGCUAGCCAUCGGCAUCGAGCGGCACAUGACCAUGGUGCGGCUGACGCCCUGCGAGACGGCCAGUCGGGGGAGGCUCCCGGCCCUGCUGGUGGCCUGCUGGGUGGUGGCCGUGCUCUUGGGCGCCCUCCCCAGCCUGGGGUGGAACUGCAGGGGUCGGCUGGAGUCCUGCUCGACCGUGCUGCCGCUCUACGCCAAGAGCUACGUGGCGUUCUGCAUCAGCGUGUUCAUGGCGCUCCAGGCCGCCAUCGUGGUGCUCUACACCCGCAUCUACCGGCUGGUGACGUCCAGCAGCCGGCGCAUCAGCGGGAAGCCCUCCGAGCGCUCGCUGGCCCUGCUGCGCACCGUGGUGAUCGUGCUGGGCGUCUUCGUGGUGUGCUGGGCGCCCCUCUUCGUGCUGCUGCUGCUGGACGUGGGGUGCAGCCCCAAAAGCUGCCCGGUGCUGUACGAGGCGGACGGGUUCGUCGCCCUGGCGGUGGUCAACUCGGCGCUGAACCCGCUCAUCUACACGCUCUCCAGCCGCGAGAUGAGGGCCGCCUUCUUCCGCCUGCUCUGCUGCUGCUGUCCGUCACAGCUGCAGGCCCCGCCCCCCAGCCGCCACGCCGGCCCGGGCCUCGGCAUCGUCAUGCCGACGCCGGAGAACAGCAAGUCCGUCGCGGGGGGGGUCAGUAUGGCGGGCACCGGGGUGACCAAGAGCAGAACAGCCACCCCCCUGAGCUCCACUCACCAGGCACCUGACCAGGCUCCCUCCGCACCCACACACCCCCAAAAACCCCCCACCCUGCUCUCUGUGGUCCUGGCCAAAGCUGGGGACCUCCCCUCCCUGGGGAAGUCCUGA